AAGAACUCAUGGCUAAAAAUACAUAUGGAGUUUCUAAUGAGAUUUAUACAAACUACAACAAAGGAGAUGUCCUGCUCCAUGUAGAAGACCUAGCUUCAUAUUUCUCAAACCCUCCGAACCAUUUCAUAAUUCUUAAAGGAAAAGUAACGGUUUAUUUUGAAAAACCAGGUAUGAAAUUCACCCCAAUAAAGCUGCUGAAUAGUAACAAUCCUGAAGACCUUGGUAUUGAUAGGCUAGAUCCCAUUUCAUUUGGAGAGCUUGACCACUUCGGAGAUUUCAAACAAAUCAUUGAGAGAAAUCGUUCUGUGAAGGAGCUGUAUUGAAUCGUAACUGAAAAAUCUCGGAUAAUUAAAUGAGAUUCUGAGAGAUAUAAAGAAUACCUGAGAAUAGUCAAGAGUAACCAUUGCCAGCUUGAGCAACUUGAGUUCUUGAGCAAGGCCAUCCCUGGUCUUGACAAGAUAAGUGCGGCAGCCAGGAAUAAAGUUAACAGCUGAUUUAGAGAAAAAAUCUUCAUGCCUAGGAUGAAGCUUGUCACUGAAGGAAAAAUUAAUGAAUAUGCUUAUAUCAUUAAGUCUGGCACUUGUGCUCUAGUUAGUAGUAAAAAUCCUCUUUCUAGAAGACUCAGUGCUGCAGAGAGAGUUAAAUAAACUUGUCUCAAUUAAGGGAUAUACUUCUGAGACUACUAGUAGCUUUCAGUUAGGGAUUUGAGGAACUUAUGACUGGGUAGGAGAAGACAUUUUGAUAUUAAAUGACCUCCCUUUUCCUUUUUCUAUCAUUGCCAAGACUCAAGUAGUAGCUUUGAGAAUUUCAAAGAAUGAUUUAUUCAACAAAAUUCCUUCAGAGUUUAGAAACAAUCUUGAAGAGCAAUCUAGGGAUAGGAAUAAAUGGCUACAAAAUAGAGUCAAGGCAAUUACUAAUACUUCUCAAAUUAUAUACAGACAGGAUCCAAAGCAGAGUGUCUACGACACUGUAAUGAACCAAUUAGUGUCUCAAUACCCUCAGGCCACUUCGAAUGCUGUAAAAAGUUUCACAAGGCAUCAUAUCAGUAUUGCCGGAGGUGAAAACAGAGGCAAAAUAAUCAAAAGUGUAUCAAUGAAUCACAGAAAAACAGAGGCCCCGGUGUUCUCAAAUAAAGGCAAGAGAUGCAUCUUUACUUCUUCUUACGGAACUCAGAUGCCAAAGACAAGCCACAAGAGAAGAAGGUCUCAGUAUAAGCAAGAGAAGAGGGUGCUUCCCUUUGCUUCCUCAUUUACUGGAGCUCCAAGAAUGCACUCAAAAGCUGUGAGGAUUAGGAAGGAUAACUUCAUUAGUCCUUAUUAA